UGCACCUUGGUACAAGGCGACCUGCUGUCACGCUGACAGCACAUCAGAAGGUGUGAAAUAUCGAGCAAAGAAAAACACGAUUACGUGAAUAGAAACGGCUCGUUUUCCACCGGAACGCAACAAUGGCAGCGUCUUCUCAGGCUAGCCGCGGCCUGACGGCACUCUUCAAGCGCGGGUGGAACGAAAUUCCCGAGGUGGUCGGCUCGUCAGUGAUCGCUCUAAUCGGAAUCGGGCUCAGCGUGGUGGGACUGACCAACUACUACCGCAAGGACGCUGAUAACCGCCGGUACAAGCUGACGUACGUUGUGAUGCGUCCGGAUGAUCCCCGAGCGGCGCGCAUCCGCCAGGAUUAGAACCGCAAACCAACCCAACCAACCAACACACACACACAUGCCAUCCAUCGGCUCGGUUAGAUCUAAAUAAAUGUGUUUACUGAUGUAAAAA